GAGUGACUCGUUAAUUAUAUCUAGGUGGAGCACUGGGCUAGAAUAGAGGCUAAAAUCUUUUUAUGGAGGAAAGUCAGGAAACCCUUGUUGAUGAAACUGUUAACAGAAGCUUAGAAGAAGAGAAAGAUUCACCAGCUCCUCCACCAAAGGACAGAUACAGUGGUGUAUAUAUAAUUUUGAUAUUGCUCUCUCUUGGUUUCCUCACUCCUUUCCAGAGCUAUGUUGCAGGACUGGACUACUUCACUUAUCUUUAUCCUAACCAUAGACCAGAGCUAGCACUACCACUGAGUUACCUUAUAGUGACUUUGGUAUUUAUUACAAUUACCAUUGGACUUAUUAAUUACUUCCCACUCAAGUUUCGAAUAUGCAUCGGAUAUGCUAUUUUCAUAAUUAGUUUAUCAACAGUCCUGCUAUUGGACUUUGGCAUACACAACUGUACCAUUAGUACUGAGACUGGCUUUAUACUGAUGUUGCUCUCUGUAAUGUUUUCAGGGAUUGGUAGUGGAGUUCAACAAGGUAGCUAUUAUGGCCUCAGUGGUAUGCUACCUGAGAAAUACACACAGGCCGUUAUGUUGGGUGAAGCUAUAGCAGGAUCACUUGUCGCUAUCAAUAGAAUAAUAACUAAGGCAGCAUCUGGGCCAGAGAGAACAGGGACUCUCAUUUUCUUUGGCAUUUCAUUACUUUUCAUUAUCGCCUGUUUUGGACUUCAAUUUAUGCUGUGGAAGUCGCCAUUUGUGAAAUAUUACAUGAAACAAAAUACAUCAAAAGAGAGCAAAAAGUCUGAAAUAAAAUGUAUUAAGAACUGCCAGUGCUUGAGAAAUAGAACCUCUGAUGGUUACAAUAUUCAACUGAGAAGCCGCGAAGAGUUGGAUGAAGAAAGUGAGGAAGAAAUAGAAGAAAAAAUAGAAAUGAUUUCAAGUUCUAAGUUGAAGAAAGUCAAGAAACUAUUCAUCAAUGGUUUGGUGUUCAGGUACAGAAUACUCAAGAAAAUAUGGCAGCCAUUCAUUAGUGUGUUUCUAAUAUUCUUUGUAACACUCCUAGUGUUUCCGAGCAUAACAUCAAACGUACAGUAUUGUAAAAUUGGAGACUGGCCAAUUGUCAUUAACAUAGCACUUUUCAAUUUCUCUGAUACUAUCUCAAGGAUUUUCUGUCUCUUACCAUAUCGAUUCAAACCAAAGUCAUUGCUAAUAAUAUCAAUUCUGAGGUUACUUCUGGUACCAUUACUAAUACUGUGUGUCACUCCUUCUCCUACUAAUCCUAUCUUCUCUCCUCCCUUUAAUAUGGUGGUGUCCUUCAUAACAAUUACAGUGAUAGGAGCUACCAAUGGUUACUUUGGUACACUUGGUAUGCAGUAUGCUCCUAAUAUAGUGUCCAAUAACGAGAAAGAACUGACAGGUGUAAUUAUGGUCCUUAUACUGCUAGGAGGAUUAUUUGUUGGAUCAUUAGUUGCUUUUAUAUGGGCACCACUAAUGUCACUGGAUACAUACAUGGCCUGUGGCUCUACUAAUGACACAGCAGUUUUUAAGUGUUAAAAACUCAUGACUAUGAUAAUGCUGCAUGUAAAAAUAUACCGUAAAGUUAUUGCUAUUUUAAUGAUCGAACUAAAAUGA